AUGCACGGUACUGUGCUUGGCGAGCAGAGAGAAGGCGGCAGCUCUACUGCGAGCACUGGUGCCUUCUCAUUCAGCUGGUCUGUGGGGGUCCUGGGUUUCUUAUCUCAGUUGAUGGGGUUUCUUUUGGCUUUUGUCAGCUCUGCAUUCUGUGGACAUUUAGGCAAAAUUGAACUGGACUCUGUGACACUUGCUGUGGCUAUUAUAAAUAUGACAGGGUUAUCAGUGGCCUUGGGUAUGACUGGAGCAUGUGACACACUCGUAUCCCAGACAUACGGUAGUAAAAACCUGAAACGUGUGGGGACAAUACUGCAGAGAGGAAUUCUCAUCUCAAUGCUCUGUUGUUUUCCUUGUUGGGCUAUUUUCAUUAACACAGAGCAAAUACUGCUCCUCUGCAAACAGCGUCCGGAUAUAGCCAGGUUAACACAAAAAUACGUAAUGAUAUUUUUGCCUGCACUUCCAGCAAAUUUUCUAAUGCAGCUACAAACAAAAUAUUUACAGAAUCAGAAUAUAAUGUGGCCUCAGGUUUUCAUUGGUAUAUUAGUAAAUGUCAUUAAUGCAGUGGCCAAUGCAAUUUUAAUUUAUGUUCUGAAGAUGGGAGUGGAGGGCUCAGCUUGUGUAAACACAAUAUCUCAGUGGGCAAUGGCUCUUUCUCUGUUUAUAUAUAUAAUUGUGAAAAAACUUUAUGAAAACUUGCAAACUCUUUCAGGGUGGUCCAGAGAUUGUCUUCAGGAAUGGGGGCCAUACAUGAGUUUGGCCUUACCCAGUAUGCUAAUGAUAUGCAUUGAGUGGUCAAGCCUGGAAAUUGGAGGGUUUUUGGCAGGACUUAUCAGUGUGGCAGAACUUGGAUGUCAAGCUGCAAUGAUGGAGCUGGUCGUAGUGUCAAUUAUGUUAUCAGUAGGUUUGAGUGCAGCUGCAAGUGUCAGGGUAGGAAACGGAUUAGGAGCUGGAAAAGCAGAGGAAGCAAAGAAAUCCAGCAAAGUUGUGCUUUGUAUGGGAGUGUUAUUUGGUAUAAUAGUUGGUGGUUCUUUAGCUGCACUCAAGGAUGUAAUUGGUUACAUUUUUACAACAGACAGGGAUAUUCUUUCCUUGGUUUCACGUAUCAUGCUUAUAUUUGCUCCAUUUCACCUAUGUGAUGCAAUAAACACUUCCAGUGGCGGAGUAUUAAGAGGAUUUGGAAAGCAAAAAAUUGGAGCUAUUACCAAUGUAAUCGGCUUCCUUAUUAUUGGUCUCCCACUUGGAAUUUCACUGAUGUUUCUGGUGAAACUUGGAAUCAUAGGUUUAUGGAUUGGGUUGUUAUGUCCAAUGGUCCUGCAGAGCUGCAUCUAUUUGCCCUACAUUUUGCGUACAGAUUGGAAUCGGGCAUGUGAAGAGGCUAAGUCUAGAGCAGGCGUGGGACCCAAGAAAGUCCAAAAAAACUGCAAUUCAUAUACAGGUUUUGGAUCUAUUGAAAAUGGGGAGUUGAAGGAUGCAGAUACUGAAAAUAGAGGUGCAAUCGUCUUGUGUAACAUUGCUUCUGCAGAAAAGGAAUCAGAAGAUAAUUUACCGCUAGAUGCAAGCAAUGUCGUAGGAGAAAUACUGACAGUGAAGCAGCUGAUCAUCAGACGCGGGCUUGCAGUCUUUUUAUGUGUAGCCAUAUUGCUGAUUGGGAUUGUAAUAAAUGUAUUUGCAUCACAUAGGUAAUACUUAAAGGGAUCCUGUCACCGCUGUUAUGCUGCUGGGUACCCCAGCUUAAAGGAUAUCCCAGUAUAAAAAAAAGAUCUUUGAUGGCCACAAAAUGGUUAAAAAAAUAGCAUACACCCUUCACUGAUCCCCCAACACUAAUUUCAGCAGUGUUUAACUUAUGUCUCGAUAAAGUUUUGAAGAACUUACAUCAUGGCCCUUGCAGUGCAUAGCCAGCGCUGUGAAGGAAGAGCCCGAUGUAUGAAUGAGAUGCAGACCCUUAAUCUCCCACCACUGAUUGACAGAUUUCUCUAUAUUCCUCUUCAUAGAAAUAAAGUUGUCAAAGCAGCUAGUGGGAGAUGGAAAUCUGUGUAUCAUGAAUACAUCAUCCGACUGUGUGCUGUGAGGAUUAAGAUGUGCGUUCUCCAAAACUACUGUACAUAAAUACAUAAGCGACAGACCCGUAAAUCAGCAUGUCCGUCACUACUUUUUCAAAGAAGGCACCAUAACGGAACUGACAGGUUCCCUUUAAGAUUUCAAUCCCUAACUUGUUCUCUACAAAGUUUUGGAUGAAAUGGUGAAAAUUUAUAAACCUCAUUGUGCCAACAACCUCUCAUCAUUAUGGAUCUAGCUAGAGAAACAAAGCAGGGCAAAACAAGUGAUCAGGUUUCCAGUCAUCAGGCAUUGGGGUGUUUUUUUUUUCUUAAUGAACAAAAUAAU